AUGCUGACGUGUAUAACGUGCUCAAAGCAGCAGGUAGACGAUGGAGGUGAGGAAGUGGGGGCGCGUGGGGCACCCGCCACCAAAGACGCCGUCAAAACCCUCACCACGCAGAUGAAGGACAUGGCGUUGAAAGUUUCUGGGUCUUCAAAGGGAAAGCCACCCACAGGGCCAGGGAACAAAGGGUACAACUACAGAGCCUACACAGAUUAUGACACGACAUUAUCUAAAGGAAUCAAAUAUCCUUACACGAUACAACCACCUGAAAGUUCAAGUUCAGUCCCUCCAGUUUGGGAUGGGGGAUAUGAACCCCCUCGACAAUCCGGUCAUUUGGUUUUGGAUGAGGAUGAUGACCCUAUAGAAUGGAUGGCUCAAGUGGAGCCCGGUGUUCAAAUUACAUUUGUGUCCUUGCCUAAUGGUGGAAACGACCUCAAACGGAUUCGAUUCAACCGAGAGAUGUUUGACAAAUGGCAAGCGCAAAGAUGGUGGGGAGAGAAUUACGAUAGAAUUAUGGAGCUGUACAAUGUGCAGAGGUUCAAUUGUCAGGCGCUUGACACGCCUUCUAGGUCUGAGGAUGGAGGGAGGGAUUCGUGUUAUUCGAAGCUUGGAUCAGUGAAGGACAGCCCGAUGAUGAACCCAAUGAGGAACCAUCAGUAUAAUAAUGUGGGUCCCGGUGGGGGUGGUGUGUAUGGUGGGCCAUCGUCAAUGUCCAUGGAUGCAUCGAGGACCACGACAUCGUCUCGAGAUGAGGCGGGGUCGGUUUCGAUUAGUAAUGCGAGUGAUGUUGAUUCGGAGUGGAUAGAGGAAGAUGAGCCCGGUGUUUAUAUUACAAUCAGACAAUUGGUGGAUGGAACACGUGAGCUUCGGCGUGUCAGAUUCAGUCGUGAGAAGUUUGGGGAAGUGCAUGCAAAGCAAUGGUGGGAACAAAACCGGGAGAGAAUACAAUCUCAAUACCUUUAACAAUAACAACGAGGAUGGAUAUACUACUACUAAAAAACUCCAAUCUAACGAUAUACUAAGAUUUUUCUUUCUGUUUUGUCAUCCAUUUCAAACAGACUUUUGUUGUGUUGUGUUGUGUUGUUGGUAUAGCCCUGGUUUUGGGCAUUCUUAUACUUAGCCACCCAUAUUUUAUUUCGUUUUUUUGUCCAUCUGUAUGUUUUGGUUAUUUUAGUUGGUAUGUUGUAUUUAUUUACACUCGGAAAACAGAAAUUAGCAGUC